GACGGUUCAAUCGUCAACACAUGGAAGGAUCCUUGGUUUCCUCUACAUUCUCCGAGACCACCAAAACCGGAUUCACAAACACCACCUGAUGGCCCUAUCAAUAUGCUAUUCAAUAAUACAAAUACAGGAUUGAAUGAAGCUAAAAGUUCACAAACGAGCGCCCAACAAGGUCCUCGACAGAUGGAUAAUCGCAAUAGUCUGCGAACUAAAACACCAUGGCAACGACCACAUCCAAAUUGGUUCAAAUGCAAUUAUGAUGGUUCAUUCAUCGACAAAGAAACAAGAUGGAAAAGCGGCUGGAAGGAGAUAGAGUUCAGUCUCCCUUUGAGAGUGAGCUACAAGCUAUGCAACAAUGCUGGGACAAAGGGAGAUUGUCAACGAGUUGUGAAUGCAGUCACAAGAAAAAGUUUACACUUUAAGGCACAUAAUUGGAUUCGAGAUAUAAGAUGGUGGGCAACUCAAUUUGAUGAAGUCAAGUUCACAUGGAUAUCAAGAGUUUCGAACAAAGCUGCAGAUAUACUGGCC